AUGGGUUUUAACCCACUCGGACCAGAAGACCAUUUUCCUGGUGACAAUGCGAUGGACGCCGAUGAAGAUACCGAUCCCUCAAUGCCACCAUCUGGAACUCCGAACCACCCUAUCGAGAUUUCUGAUGGAUUACCUUUUGUGGGAUCACCAUACAAUGGUCCCGACAGCUUUGAGGAGAGAUUCAGGCAGCAUGACUGGGUAUUUACCCCUAGUUACCAUAACUCUCCCCUGCACCAGCCACAACACAGCUCUCCCGUGCACCCUCAACAGCAGCAACAGCAGCCACAGCAGCAGCAGAAUCCUUCUGGGGAUUCCCGACUUGUCGCGGUCACUCCACCGCCGCCACCACCUCCGGUUUUGCCUCCGCCGCCUCCGAGACGGAGACGAACGAACGCACGGAUGUCCACACGAGGGGGGAUACGCAUGGGCACCCCUCCACAUUCAGGUAGCAGCCGAUAUUCACCACUUCACGAAGAACCAGAGAUGGGAGAAUCUUCACAUCCCGUCUCAGAAGUAACUUCUGCACCAAUCGCGCCACCACCACCACAGGACUUCGGGAACCCAAUCCCUGCUUAUACUAGUGCGGCAGCAUAUAAUCCCUUCGAGCAGACAUUUCCCCCAGGUUAUAACUUUACAGAGGAUCCCUACUGGGUAGCUGCGAACUACAACUCUCUCAAUCCAGAAGCAGCCGCAGCCUCCUCAACCACCGCAUUAUCCGCUACCACCGCCGGCACCGAUGAUGUCGCCGCCACAAGUUCAAGAAAUCCUUCAAGGGAUAAAUGA